CGUUGCACCUGAGGCUGGCGCGGGGCUCUGGACGCGUGCGGAGCGCCAUGGGCGCGGAGGAGGCAGAGGCGCACUGACUGCCAACUCCAGCCCGCCAAGAGACAGUGUGAGCAACGCCUCAGGGACCAUUCUGGGCGGCCACAGCUCACGACUUGCUGUGACCACCGCCGCGGAAGCUGCGAGUGGGCAACUGUGUGCCCCCAGGGACAGCCAGUCCGGGCUGCAGCUCCUCCUGGAUGCCAGGGCCAGGGCGCCAGGCGGCAGCCAGCAGGAGGAUGAAGGGCUCGGUGGGAGGAAAGAAAGAAAAGCUACUGGGGGCGCCGAAAGCUCAGCCCAGCCAAGAUUUCACUUGCGCACAAGAUGGGGAGAGUGAGGCUGAAUUUUUACCUGAUGACUUUGAAGAAAAACCAGAAAGAGAAAAGAAACACGCGAACUUCACCUUGUGCAGCGUGUGCAACAUCCAGCUGAACUCGACCGCUCAAGCUCAGAUCCACUACAACGGCAAAUCGCAUCAAAAAAGAUUAAAGCAGCUCAGCAAUGGGAUGUUGAAAAAUGACAACGGUGGUACAUGCCAGAGCCCUGCUCUCCCAGCCCUGGUCCGUCCACCAGCGCCCCCUCUGCAACCAUCGCUGGAUAUUAAACCAUUUCUUCCUUUUCCUCUGGACACUGCAGCCGCAGUCAACCUCUUCCCCAAUUUUAAUGCGAUGGACCCGAUUCAGAAAGCUGUAAUAAAUCAUACAUUCGGGGUUCCUCUUCCUCAUCGGAGAAAGCAAAUCAUAUCAUGCAACAUUUGCCAGUUGAGAUUUAAUUCCGAUAGCCAGGCUGCGGCCCACUACAAAGGCACGAAACAUGCCAAGAAGCUCAAAGCACUGGAAGCUGUGAAAAAUAAGCAGAAAUCUGUCACUGCCAAGGACAGCGCAAAGACUACCUUCACCUCCAUCACUACCAAUACCAUCAAUACCAGCUCUGACAAAACAGACAGUACCGCAGGGACACCAGCAAUAUCAACAACAACAACUGUGGAAAUUCGCAAAAGCAGUGUUAUGACAACUGAGAUCACCUGUAACGUGGAGAAGAGCCCCACGACGGCCACUGGCAAUAGCUCGUGUCCUUCCACGGAGACGGAGGAAGAAAAGGCAAAAAGGCUUCUCUACUGUUCCCUAUGCAAGGUCGCUGUCAACUCCGCCUCACAGCUGGAGGCGCACAACAGUGGUACAAAGCACAAAACUAUGCUAGAAGCCCGGAAUGGAAGUGGGACUAUCAAGGCCUUUCCGAGGGCAGGUGUGAAAGGCAAAGGACCAGUUAAUAAGGGAAACACAGGCCUGCAAAACAAAACAUUUCACUGUGAAAUCUGUGAUGUGCACGUCAACUCCGAAACACAACUUAAACAGCACAUUAGCAGUAGAAGGCACAAAGACAGAGCUGCUGGGAAGCCCCCCAAACCCAAGUACAGUCCUUACAACAAACUCCAGAAGGCAGCACAUCCGCUGGGGGUAAAAUUAGUCUUUUCAAAAGAACCUUCAAAGCCAUUGGCUCCACGAAUUCUACCAAACCCGCUGGCCGCUGCGGCAGCCGCUGCAGCCGUGGCCGUGAACUCCCCCUUCAGUCUCCGAACUGCGCCUGCGGCCACUCUGUUCCAGACGUCCGCCCUCCCGCCCGCGCUCCUGCGGCCAGCCCCAGGACCCAUGCGGACCGCCCACACUCCUGUGCUGUUUGCUCCUUACUGAAUUCCACGUGGAGUCGUUGUACUGCAAUAAUUUUUCAAAAAACAAAAAACAAAACAAACAAAAGAGAACUAUGCAGUGUUUAUUUAUAGUUUAAAGUAUAUCUGAAGAGCCAGGACUUUUGAUAGUGAAUUGAAAAAAAUUAUUAAAAAAAAAGGGAGGGAGGUCGGGGGAGGGUGGGGAGGGAUGGCAUUUUCUCCAAAUUAAAGCAUUCCUCUGGAACAUUGGUUGUUUUAGAAGUGAUCUCCAGCAUUGACUUGUAGUGGUAUCUAGAACUUCUGAAGCCUUUGUGACUGUGCUUUUGGGGCACCUGUUUCCCUCUGCAUUGUCUUUCCUGCUUUAUGAAACAAUUAUAUAUUGUCUAAGGGCAUUAACUGGUUCUAAUGUGUAUAUAAUAAUUCACCCUGUAGGUUAAAAUAAUACAAAAAAAAAGAGAAAAAAACAAAACAAAAAACAAAGCAACACUGUGAAUAGUAGUAUCCGUGCUGGUCCUCUCGCUGUGACAGCAGUUAGUGGGCGUUUAUCCCAACAGAAGUAGAUGCAGUAGAUGUCUUGUCAAACAAUAGUGCUGUGUCUCAAUCUAUGCCACUAGGUUUUAAAGAAUUGCAAAAGGUAGAACGAACAACUAUUUCAUGCCAGUAAGCAGUCGAAAAAUGAGCAAACACGUAAUGGUUUUGCAGAGGUCUCCCUGGUCCAUGUUCUCCCCGACCUAUGCAGCUCGGAGGUGACUUCAAGUUCAGAGCAAUAGAACAGGACCAAACAGAGAGGUUGGGGAGAUAUUAAUAAAGAUGAUUUCUUACAAAGUACCAUCUUAUCACCCUAAAACAGUAUUGUCAGAAAUAGGGAAGUGUUUGUAGUGAACCUAUAUCUGAAAACAGGUAAAACCAUGCAUCCUGGGUGUUUAAAAAGAAAUUAGUACAACUCUUCAGUUUCAUGGAUAAGGGACAAUCAUAAGCUAGGAUGAUAACGCAAAGAAAAGAUUUUUCAUGUUAGUUAAUAUCCAGUAAAAACAGAAUAUUGAACUUCUGCAAUAUCCCUUUAUAUCAUACCAGUAGGGUUGUCUCUUAGGCAAAGGUUUCUGCUUUAAUGAUGAUAGGCAUUAGCUAGUGUUGUGGGUUUUCUUUUCUUUUUUUUUUUUUUUGCUUUCCUACUGACAUGAUAUAAACAAUUAAUAUAUAUUUAAAUGUUAACUCAGAAAAAUAAUUCUGGGUUCAUUGCAGACCAAGGAUAUAUUGUUAAGAAAAAAUACUGGUAAGAUGCACUUGACCGUCAUUGCUCUAGUGGAGUUGUAAAAUACCGACAGCCUUUGAUGUCCACCAUAAGGUGGAAAGGAGUUGAUGUUUUACCUUUACAACAAGAUUUAUCAGGGGUAUAUAUAAAUAUAUGUAUAUUGUAUAUAUGUUAGAAAGAUUAAGAGAAUAACUUAUAAAAAGAAAAUCUAUAUAAAAUAAUUAUAUAACCAUCCCAUGUUACAUGUUAUCAUUAAGUUGGUAACAAAUGGCAUAAAAAUAGCUGUGCCUUUAAUUUGUGAUAAAGGCUAUUUGCUUUUUCCCCUAGAAAGCAAACCUGUACCUGUCACUAUGAUGGGGUUUGAUGCAGCCAAUCUGUCGCGUUAAUAAGAACAAUGGCAGUCAAACUUAGAGAAACGAUAAGAACAUGUACAAAUCAACCCUACAUGAUUUAGGUUUAAAGAAAAAAAAUAUUUUUGAAAAGGUUUUGUAAAGACUAUUUAAAAACGUAGGGAAGGGCUGGGUAUGGCCUUCCUGAAACUGCUCUUAUCUAAACUGUAGUAACUUUUGAGAGAUAUAAAGAGGCAAGAUGAAACCAUUGGAGAGAGAGGUAUUUAGCAUACGUCAUUUUAUAUUUAAGAAACACCCAUAGCGUGCUUGGUGCUCAACAUGAAACAUGGUCUUUGGAGUUCUCGUCUACCAUCUAGCUAUAGACCUUUGUCAUAUAAACAUAUCUUUAAAGCAGUUGGCUUUGUAUAUCUUUUGUUAGACGAACAACCAAAAAAUAAAGAAGAGGAAGACGGGAGGAGGGCAGGCAGGCAGGAAGAAAAAGAAAAAACUAUUAAUAUUUUAUCAGUCUUCGCUAGAAAGAAUUUUAUACUGUAGACAGCGUGCUUACACAGGUGGGUUAGCAUGAACAUUUGUGUUUGAGAGUAUCUGGUGACUUUGCAUUGACCAAUGUCUCUCCUCUUUGGUCUUAGCAAGUGUGUCCUGUGUUUCCACCACAGACUCUGCUAGUACAUCAGGUAGAGAGUUCCCCAAGAGAUUGUUGUCUGGGGUUCUGUCUAUAUCUCGUGCGACCAUCUUCGGACCAUUUUGAACUUGAGUUUCCUCCUUCUGCUUUGUCAACUUUUAUCUUUCACUAUACGUCAGCCUAAAUUCUUAUCCAGCCACCUACACCUGAUAAAACCUCUCUUUCUGUUGGGGAACUUAGUGUUAAUCGAUGCAGUCUCACUACAGUGUGCUUUCGCUGUUCCUCCCCGUUUUCACCACCGUGAACGAGCCAGGCCCCUAGAAGUCAGGGCCUGUGGGUUACAAGAAUCCUGGAUCACAAGGCGUUACUAACUUUAAUGAUUUUCUGGGAACAAACAAAUCAGCCAUAUUUUCUCCAUCAGCCAUAUGAGAAAACUCAGAAAUACGUCAAUCCCUUCUGCCUCACUUCACUAUGGAACCAUUUUUGUUGAAAUGGUCUCUUAAAUUGGAGUUGUAAUCAUCAGUUGUCUUUUACUCACUACCUAAUAAAGGAUGAAGCCUAACCUUAGAACUUA